AUGGCUAAGUCUGCAGCCAAGAAGAAACAGGGCUCCCAACCUUCCCCAUCUAUAAAAGGGGCCGCUUCUCCCCCCUUAAACCCAUAUAAUUCAACCCCACUCUACAAUCUAUUAUGUGGCUUUAGACGGGCACAAGACCAGUGGGUGGCCCGGUACGUGACCAUUUUGAGUGCUGUGGUGUUGUGGAGCGCCGUCGGUUUGGGUCUGUACUCGGGAAUGGGCCAGAAACCCAUCAAUGGCGACUUUGAGGCACAACGCCAUUGGAUGGAGAUUACAACGCAUCUUCCGAUCAAUCAGUGGUAUUUCUAUGAUCUCCAAUACUGGGGGUUGGACUACCCUCCAUUGACGGCAUUCCAUCUGUGGCUUUUCGGUGUGGUGGGCAACUUUAUUGACCCUAGGUGGUUUGCAUUGGAUGUCUCCAGAGGUAUCGAGAAUCCGCAAAUUAAGACGUUUAUGCGUAUGAGUAGUAUUAUCAGUCAGCUUGUAUUCUUUGUGCCUGCAGUGAUGGGCUUGUUGCAUCAAUUGGGUACGCAGAAGAAGAACUUGACCCGAAUGAACCAUAUCAUAGUGAUUGCCCUCAUUUUGUAUCUGCCUGCGCUCGUUCUCAUAGAUCAUGGCCAUUUCCAGUAUAACUCCGUGAUGUUGGGGUUGUUCUUGCUUUCUGUGGGCGAUCUCAUCAAGGGUAAUCUUAUGCUAGCCUCGGUGUGGUUCAUGAGCUCUAUUCUCUUUAAACAGAUGGCGCUCUACUAUAGUCCAUUCAUCUUUGUUUACAUUUUGGCGCGUCUUUUUACGCCGAAGAAAACUUUGGGUGCCACGAUCUUGUCGUUUAGCUUCGGAAGACUUGUCGUUGUGGGAUUGACAGUGAUUGUCACUACGAUAAUAAUGGUGUUUCCUUUCUUGCUUGCUGCCUCCAACGGCUCCGAAGCGGUAUCUUUAAUCAAGCAAAUUCUUAUCCGAAUGUUUCCUUUCGAAAGGGGACUUUUCGAAGAUAAGGUGGCCAACUUCUGGUGCUCCACAAACCUAGUGGUGAAAUACAGCCAAAAAUUCACCCAUGAGCAGCUCAAACUCAUGUCUUUGGUGUGCACGAUCGGCGCAUUCACUCCUCCGUGUGUUAUGAUUUUUUGGAAGAGUAUCAGAAGACAGUCUCAUAAUCCAGACUAUGUCAUCUAUGGGUUCAGCGCUACAGCUUGGGCGUUCUACUUGUUCCUGUUCCAGGUCCAUGAGAAGACUGUAUUGGUCCCAUUGGUGCCUACAUUAUUUCUUCUUCUCACCACUGAUCGCAGCACUAUUGCUCACGUUCAAUGGAUCAACAAUGUGAGCAUCUUCAGUCUUUUCCCACUCCUCAAAAAAGACGGCCUCUCUUUGCAGUACUAUUCGAUGUUUCUCAUGAUCAACUGGCUAAUGGGCGGCUUCACUUUGAGUACAAAAAGCAAUAUGUUGUGGCCCUCUGGCAGCAACUUGUUGAGCAAAUUAGUCAUUGUGUCAUCAUACCUCGUCAUCCCGAUCUAUCACCUAGUCGAGCACAACAUACUCCCACCUUCGCGCUUUCCAGACCUUUGGGUUAUUGCCAACACCACAUUCUCAUUUGCAUGCUUUAGUUGGUUCUACCUCUGGCUCAUGUACAAGAUUUACAACCUUUAG